AGGCGCUGUGUGACGUUUGAGGUGAAAGGAACUUCUACUAGGGAAGAAAUGAGAGACUUUAAAGGAGGCCGCUGAAACUGAUGAGGAGGUUCCAAAGAAAUCUAGAUCCAUUAGAAGAUGGAUAAUUACUUCCAAGCAGCAGUCAUAGACCUGGAUAAACUACUUGAUGAUUUUGAGCAGAAUACAGAUGAGUGUGAAAGCUUUCAGUCAUCUGGCAUUACCCUCAGUACCAAUCAACAUUCAGUUUCCUCUGGUGAAUUUUUACUGAACACAGACUACCUAGCUAAUCUGAAUCAAUCAAAUGAAAGUAGUAGACUCCAAGAAUCAUUUUCCUUAUUUUGUUCUACAGACAACAAAGAGGAAUGCAAUAAAGUAAAACCUUUAUCACAAUGUGAAAAGAAUGUGACUGGACUUGAUCUUCUGUCUUGCUUAGAUGGAGAAAAUUCUAAUGAUGGAUCUUUAAAUGCUGGAAGGAAUAGUGUUCCAGUAUGUGACCUUGUCAGUGAUACAGGUGGUGGUGGUUUGUCUCCUAUAGCUAGUAAUCAUAAGUCUAUAAGACAUGACCCCCCUUUGUGUGAUGUAAAUAUUGCAUCUAACCUUGACUUACUUUCUGAUGAAAGUUUUACUACUGUUUCUUCAGCAGUUCCCUGCAUUCCUUCAGAAACUGUUGAAUUUAAAUGCAGUGAUUUCCCUGUACAAGAAUCUAAUGUUUUACCAGAGUCUGAGCCCAAUAUACUGGUCCCAGUUCCAGAAGUCAAAGAUGCAAACAUUUAUGAACUUCCAGGUGCUAAUGACCUUUUAGUUCAAGAUCCAAACAUGGGAUCAGAUGUCGAUUCUCUAAGCAGUCCAAAUACCUCAAGCAGUGAUGGAUAUGUGAGUGAUGAUCUUCCAUAUGAUUCUACUUGUGAAGUAUACUCAAAUUUUACAGUGAAUGAUGUUGAUAGAGCAGUUGACUUUUUGACAUCUCCUGAACAGCUAGAGGUAACUGAAGUGGUGAAUCGCAAAACAGAUUGCAUACCUAAGACCCAUGGCACUGAGUUGCUGAUAACAGAUGGAGAGUCCAGUAAUUUAGACAAAUGCAAUAAACAGUUGUUUUCAGACAUAGAUAAUGUUGUGGUUGUAAAUGAUACUGUAUCCAUAUGUUUAGAAAAAACUGACUACAGACAGGCACAGUCUUCCUUGUCUGAAGAAAUCAAACCAUGCAAUUCAUUAAUAAUAUCUGGAAUAGAUGAUCAUAAUGAAGGCCACAGUACGAUGAUGGAGACCAAGGACAUAAGCUCAAUGAGUGUGCCAGAUGUAACUGUGCCUGUGUUGCAAGAUCUGCAAAAUGUAGAAAUCUUUGAAAAGACAAAUAUAACCUCUAUAGUGAAAGAUGAUUCUUUAGAAAAUAAGAGUGAUUUAGAGCUUGGCUCAAAUAAUGUAUCACCUCCACACUCAAUGAUAUUGUCUGUUGCAGAAGAGUACAAAGCUGACCCACCAAAUGCAGUCAUUUCUGGGAUUGAUAGUAGUGAUUUUGGAGAAGCUGUUGUUUGUGAUGUUGCCAGUAGCCAGGAUUUACUGACUGAUAUUGGAGAUCUGUUAUUAUGUGACACUUAUAUCAGUGAUGCUGAACUUGAUGCUUUUCUAAAUGAAGAGUGUGGUAAUUUAGACAACACAAACACUUUUCAAAAUAAGUUACCAAUAUAUGAUUUAAGUUGCCAAGUUAAUGUAGAUGCUGCAGCAGAAACUACCAAUAAUUAUGAUUCCCAGUGUUUAGAUGAGAAUUCUAGCAAAGACAUAUCAACUGUUGUAACAACCAUUAAUUCAGAGUUUGCGCAACUUAAAUUACAAGAUGACGUUUUGGCUGCACAGUCUGAAAAUGAAAGUAAUGUAGUGAAACCAGUAGCUGGAUUAGAUGACCCUUUGCCAAGCUCUAUGAUUUCACAUUCUGGAGGAGCCAGACCCAAACAGCUGUUUCUUCAGCCACAAAAGACCUUGACUGCUAAAGAAACUGAUAGGUCUUUAAGUAAUGACUUAAAGGAAGAUGAUAUUGAUGACAAAGAUACAGAUGUCAAUUCCAGCACCUCUUUACACAAAUCACAGCAGGCACAGGAUAUCAAUGUCUCUCCGUUUAAGUCACUGAAAGUGGACUCAAAUGAAAGUCCUGAGAUUAUAUGUAGGGAAAAAGAUGGCAGAACUGAAAAUGUGAUAAAUCAAAACUCUGUCUUGGGACUACAACAACCAGCUUGGAUUCCUGAUUCUGAAGCUCCUAACUGCAUGAACUGCAGUGUUAAGUUUACGUUUACAAAGCGAAGACAUCAUUGUAGAGCAUGUGGAAAAGUGUUUUGCACAGUUUGUUGUAAUCAAAAAUCCAAGUUGCAGUAUAUGGAUAAAGAAGCAAGAGUAUGUGUUGUUUGUCAUUACCUUAUUAGUAAAGUACAGGCUUAUGAAAGGAUGAUGAGUCCAACUGGUUCUUGUCCAAAUCACAAUGCCCCUUCUGAAUAUUGCUCUACCACCCCUCCUUUGGUGCAGACCCAGGCAGCAGAUACACUUAACUCUCCUUCACCUACUUUUUUGGUGCCUGGCUCAGUACUUAAGCAACCAGGAGCUGAAGGGAUUGUUCAGAAAGAGCAAAAGAGAGUUUGGUUUGCUGAUGGCCUCCUGCCCAAUGGUGAAGUUGCUGAUACUACCAAGCUUUCAUCAGCUGUCAAAAGAUCCUCUCAAGAGUUAAGUCCUACGAACCUACUCUCUCCAGAGUCUCCAACCAUGGCUGCCUGUUCGUCUGUUGGUCAUAAAACAAUAUGUGAUUCGCCAACAAAGCCAGAGGACAUUCCAGAAGAAGCAUUGUGUGUACAAGUGCCUUCACCUGAAUCCACAGGUGCCUUUAAAGUGUCUUCUUCAUCGGAUUAUACAAUGUUGUGUGGAAUUGAAAAGAGUGUCAGUAGAGAUCUUAAUCUCAUUCCAAAUGAUGACAAAGGUCUGCCACCUCUAUUACUGGCACCCGGGGCUAGCGGUGAUGCUUUGGUAGAAGAUUCUCCCACAGAUACAGAGGUGAUACUGCUUUUGAAUGAAGAAGGACCUAACCCAUUGACAUUUAUAAUAAAUGCUAACCUGCUUGUGAAUAUCAUGAUCGUAACUUAUGCUUCUGAAAAGUGCUGGUUCUUUGCUACAAAUGGAUUCCAUGGUCUUGGUCAGGCUGAAAUUGUCAUUCUGUUAUCCUGCUUAGCAAAUGAAGACACAAUACCUAAGGAUAUAUUGAAGAUGUUUUUAAAUAUUUACAAGGAUGCACAGAAAGGAAAAUAUAUAGGCAAUUUGGAAAAUAUUACAUUUACAGAAAGCUUUCUCGGUAGCAAGGAUCAUGGCGGAUUCCUGUUUUUUACACCUACUUUCCAGGAUCUGAGUGGACUUCCUUUACCAAAUAAUCCUUUCUUAUGUGGGGUUUUGAUUCAGAAGAUGGAAGUACCUUGGGCAAAAGUUUUCCCCAUUCGUUUAAUGUUGCGUUUGGGAGCAGAAUAUGGUGUGUAUCCUUGUCCUUUGACGAGUAAAAGAUGUCGGAAGUCUUCAUUUGGAGAAAUAGGACAUACUAUAAUCAAUUUACUCACUGACCUUAGAAAUUAUCAAUAUACAAUACCACAUAUUGAUGGGUUGUUUAUCCAUGUGGAAAUGGGAAAGAGCUGUAUAAAGAUCCCUUCAAAGCGGCAUGCUGAGAUUCUUAAAGUUAUUCAUGCUUGCAAUGAACAUGUUAUAAGCAUUGGAGCUAGUUUUAGUUUGGAAGCCGAUUCCCACUUGGUUUGUGUGCAGAACAGUGAUGGGAUCUACCAAACACAAGCUAAUAGUGCUACUGGGCAGCAAAGAAAAGUUACAGGUGCAAGUUUUGUUGUUUUCAAUGGAGCACUAAAAACAUCAUCAGGAUUCCUUGCCAAAUCUAGUAUAGUUGAAGAUGGUCUUAUGGUACAAAUAACUCAAGAUACAAUGGAAGCAUUACGGCAAGCAUUGAGAGACAAAAAUGACUUCCAGAUUGCAUGUGGAAAAAUAGAUUCAGGAGACUUAACUGAAGAAGUUUCCAUAUGUUGGGUGGAGACGGAAAACAGACAAAAUAAAGGAGUUAUAAGCCCUCUUGAUGGUCAGUCUAUGGAAGGUAUUUCAAGUGAAAGACUUUGUCAGGAAGCAGACUUUGAAGCCCAUGACAAAACUGUGAAAUGUACAGAGGUGUUCUAUCUACUUGGAGACCGUGAACCAACCAGUGCAGCCGCUCACUCUCAGUUUGCAAAGGAAAUUGCCACAGCCUGUGGAGCUGCUCUCUGUCCUCACAUGAAGACGUUGAAAAACAGUGGAAUGAAUAAAAUUGGCCUCAGGGUCUCUAUGGAUAUUGAUAUGGUUGAAUAUAGAGCAGGAUCAGGUGGUCAACCUCUUCCUCAGCUUUACCUGAAUGACCUUGAUAGUGCCCUGAUUCCUGUCAUCCAUAACAGAACAUCAGACACAAGCAUUUUGCCUCUGGUGAUGGAACUAAUUUUCUACUUCCUUGAAAACCUUAAUUCAUUUUAAAUAUUCGAAAGAAUGUGAUAUUAAUCUCAUAGAAGCAAAACUUGAUUUUUAAAAUAAUGAUUCAAUAGCAAAGCUUGUCAUGUUUAUGACCAGGGAUAUACAUUUUCUGAUACACAUUAAAUGUGGACUGCCAUAUUUAUAUUCUCCUUCUAACUGUUUUGUACUUUUGUUCAUCUUUAAUGGAACUAUAUUCAUUCCUUACAUUAUGUGAAGAAUGAUAUAAAUUAGUUCUUUAUCAACAAUUGACAUACUGGUUCUCUUGAGGCAUUGUAUCCCACUAUAAUAUUUAGUUUUAUACAAUCAUACAGCUGAUUUACCUUCUCUGUAACCAAUGCCUUCCAUAACAUUUUUGGUUUUGUGGAAAACAUGUAUAAGUUUAAUGCUAUUACAGCUGUUCCUAUUUAAACUGGUUUGUUGGAUCAAGUAAGCAUUUGUAUUCAAACUUUCUUUGCUUUAAAUCCAUGUACUAAGCCGUGUAUAAUAUAGCAAUGAAUACUUGACUGAGGUAACGUGUGAGUAAAACAGAGAAUAAGAAAACUGAUAUGCUGAACAUUUUUAAAGAUGCUCUAGUGGUUAAUCUAUUUGUACAGCUGGAUCGCUAGCACGGGAACUUUAUAUCAUUUUGAUCUCUAUGCACCAUAUAGCACUUUUUAUAUAUAUCAUUCAUGUCCUGUGUGUUCAUCUGUAAUGAUUUUAUUUGCCUAUUGGCAAUACGUAGUGUUUUUUCCAAUUGGUUUGUAUUUUUCCAAAAAAAAUCUUUUGUUCUUUAUUAAUGUGCAUCAAACUAGUGCUUAUUAAUUUAUGCUCUUAUUUAUUGUGCUGUGGCUCUCCUCAGCAUUUACCUAUUUACAGACACUAAAAUAUGCUGAAGGGCUUUGGAAACUUUUGGUCCUGAAUUCUGUACCUUUAUUAAAACAUUGCUAGUAGUUUGUGUACUUGACUUUUUUUUUCAUAAUAAAAAAAAAUCACUCCAAAA